UUCCGGUUUCACUUUCGUUUUGUUGGUUUUGGUUAGUUUCCAUUUCCACAAAUUCUUACUUAAUACUACAGACUAUACAAGAAAAUAUCGAAAUUGAGAGUGUUUUAUAAUGUGACUUAUUACAAUUGAUCUUAUGGGACAAAACAAUUGAAAUGGAUGAAGAAAAAUGUACAGUUGAUGAACUUCAAAAUGUGAUCACUGCUCCAACUGGUGGACUUACAAUGUUACCAUCAACUGCUUAUGAUGAAGUAUAUCCAAAUCUAUAUCUUGGAGAGGAUACAAUAGCACUAAGCAGAGUAGGCCUGAGAAAUUUAGGAAUAACUUAUCUGCUUAAUGUGGCACAGGGGGAUUCCAGGUACCAUGUGAAUGCAAAUGAUGUUAUGUACCAUAAAGUUAACAUCGAGUAUAUGGGAUUAGAAGCUACAGACCAAAUGAACUUUGACCUUUCCAUUUAUUUUGAGAAAGGUGCCAAUUUUAUAGAAAAGGGAUUAAAAAGUGGAGGAAAAGUAAUGGUAAAUUGUAAGCAAGGAGUAAGCAGAUCAGCAACGUUGGUUCUUGCAUAUCUUAUGAUAAAAUGUCACAUGACAGCAAAAGAAGCAGUGAGAACAGUCAGAGCUAAGAGAGAAAUUGAUCCAAAUGAAGGAUUUCUACAACAGAUCUGUGAUUUAAAUGAAAAUCUCAAGAAAGCUGGACAUUUUGAUAUAUCAUCAAGUUGAUGAGUAGACAAUUCUUAAUUUGAAUAGUUGAACAUAAAGACGUGCAUAAUAUUAUUUUUUUUCACUUAAUAUGUAACAAUUGUUUUAGGCAGUCAGUGGGCCCCACUAAUGAAAAUUUCUGGAUCCGCCAUUGAGCUCUCCCAGAAAAAAGGGUAAAUGGUGAUGGCAGGGGGGAACGGGAAAUUUAAUCAGAAGCAGAUUUAGAGGGGGGGCCAGGGGGCCCGUGCCCCCCUUUUCUGGGAAAAAUUUGGUUGAUUAUAUAGAGAAUCACUGAAGCAUGACCGGAGCGGGCCCCCAUUUAUGAAAAUUUCUGGAUCCGCCAAUGUUAAUAUCCCUGUCAGGAGAUCCCUCUUUAAAGUAGGACUGCUAAAAUUUUGAAAAAAACCAUUGGGAGGCUUCUUUCUGAUAUUUGAAUAGUUGACACCCUUGCACUUUGUUUAAAAUAAUUAAUGCUAGUAUUUUAAUUUGUUUUCUACUUCUAAGGGGGAAAAACCUUUCCUUUUAUUUUUUCAAUCUCCUUUCAUGCGUUAUAUUCUUUAUGAAACUUUUAAAUCAUGGUUGAUGUGAAGUGAUCUCAGAAAUGGAAUGUUCUCAAAUUAUAUUAAUUAAUGUCCAAGAGAAUACUACCUUUACAUUUUGUACCUUUAUUUACACUGUAUUUCUAUAAAAACAAUGUGCAAUUGUUUAUUCUUUUUAUUUGUCAAUAUACAACUUUCUAUUUGUAA